AUGGGCAACGCAUAUUCUUGGAUCCGGGCGAUUGCCUGGGCGAAGGAGCAUUGGUAUCAUGCUGCAGUCACCGGUAGCGUUGUGGGUCUCACCGGCUCGUUUUCGGCCGCGAUGGCAUGCGGCGUCUUUCGCGCAUGUGACGACGAUCCUUGUGGAACGCCCAACAAGAAAAGUCCUUUCGGUAAACCGGCUUGCGACAUGUGGGAACAUGGCGGAGAAGAUAUGUUGCCUCUAAGAAGAAGGGACGGAGGAGGUACGACGGUCACAGUGAUAAAUGGCAUGAGGGGCUUUGGCUAUGACUACGACUACGGCGAGGUCCCCGGAGUCAGCAUCUACAACGGUAAUAAUGUCGACGGAGAAGUAUUACAUUUGCUCGACAAGGGCGAGGAUGAGCUCACCAUCACGAUUCCGGGUUCCAGUCUGCCAGACUGGAUCUAUAUCACCAACGCCGGCAAGGCGCCCAUGUGCAUAGCAGGCGUACGGUUGACGGCGCCCGAUGGAUCCGAAAUCACCAUGACUGGUAACCUGGGGAGAAUCUGUGGUGCAGAUUACUACGAAUCAGCCGUGACGGUCAUCGCCAACGCUGAAGGGAAAGCGGCGUCCUGUGUCUGGAUCGACCGGCACAAAUCGAACGGUCUUCGCCUAGCAGGCAUCAGCUUCAACCUGCAGACCGACGAGCAGGAGCUGGAAUCCUCCAAUCUUACGUCAGUGGAAGACUUGUGCCGAAUUCCAUUCAUCAUGUUACAGGAUGCCCAACCUGCUCUAUCACGGCGGCAACUGAUAAUACCGACGCUCAACGUCACUUACACUGAUGUCACGGCUGAGUUCGAACGCUCCUUUGAUAUGGCGCUUGUCAAGAGCAACUUGGACCUUUCAAGUGCAGUACGCAUGUGCGAGGCAGAGCACACCAAGGGACCGCAUUUCGUGAGUCUUGCCGAGGGACUUUACUGUGACACGACAACGAGAAGGCUUUAUCGUGUCUGCGACCACCGUCAUCGCCAGGGGAUCUGCUUCGACACAGACCGGGACGAACUUGUGCAAAUAGGAGGUGAUGGUUCUCCUUUUCAGUUCGAGAAUGUUGUACGCGAUCUAAGCAGCCAGACGCCGGGGCGAGUCAAAGUGCUGAAGACGUUCCGGCAUGUUGACGUCUGGGGUUAA